GUUAAUGAUGAAGUGUUAAUGAUGAAGUGUUUAUGAUGAACUGUCCUCCACAGAUCGGCAGCAUCCAGUAUGAGAUCGAGAAGAAGCCGGAGAGUAAGAGAGGAUACGGGCUGUGUGCGAGGACUGCUGCACGCUUCCCGCCCUGCAGCAAGACGGGGACUCCGUCUCCACAGCAGUACCAGCCAGAUCAAAGCCGGUCCAGAGUCCCCCCUCCUGGCAAAACACCUUUCAACUCGAACACAGAGAGGUUCAAAAGCCUGCCACGUACAGUUGAGGACAGCCCGGGCCCCGGGAACUACGCCCACGACAAAGCGACAAACAGGAAAGUGAGCUGGCCAAUGUGCUUUGGGGGCCCAGACUGGUCCAGACUGCCUCAGCCGGAGAAGCUGUCGCUCCGGGUGAAGCUGGACAGUGAGAAGGAGUUCCUGAAGCACCGGAGCAGAGUGGCCUACUUGAGUUUGUACUACGAAGACUAAAACUCAUCAGCACGCUGACUGUCGAUGCAUUUCUCAUCGUUUUUCUGAACUUUUAAAAUCAAC